AUGGAUCCGCGUCUAAUCGAAGAGACCCUAUUAAGUCUUCAGUUGGGAAUGUUGCGGGAGAAAGAAGGCGGCAACAAGCUGUUACGGUGGCCAAGGAAAGAAGAGAGUUACUUGUUAGGGGAAAAGCGGGUUUGUAGGAUUGGUACUAAUGGCGGUGAUGAUGAGGAUGCUCAUGUUGAGAAUGAGAUGAUGAUUGAUGAAGAGCAGCCAGUUUUGGAGGCUCAGACCAGUAAAGCCGUGGAAGAGCUUAAGUCUUCUGUUCAGGGGAAAGGUGCAAUGCAGAAGAGGGUGGCUGCUCUUAGGGAACUCAGGCGUUUACUGUCAAAAUCUGAGUUCCCUCCUAUUGAUGUUGCGCUCAGCGCUGGUGCCAUACCUUUGCUUGUGCAGUGUCUUUCAUUUGGCUCUCCCGAUGAACAGUUGCUUGAGGCAGCUUGGUGUCUUACUAACAUUGCUGCUGGAAAACCUGAAGAAACAAAAUCUCUAUUACCUGCACUGCCGUUGCUCAUUGCUCACGUUGGAGAAAAGAGCUCUGCGCCGGUGGCUGAGCAGUGUGCUUGGGCUAUUGGUAAUGUUGCCGGUGAAGGAGAAGAGUUGAGAAAUGUACUCUUGUCUCAAGGGGCUUUGCCACCUCUAGCACGUAUGAUUUUUCCAGACAAGGGUUCUACUGUUAGAACAGCUGCAUGGGCAUUGUCAAAUCUGAUUAAGGGACCUGAAUCAAAGGCAGCAGCGCAACUUGUCAGAGUCGAUGGGAUAGUUGAGGCAAUUCUCCGACACUUGAAAAAAACGGAUGAAGAAAUUGCCACGGAAAUUGCCACGGAAAUUGCUUGGAUUGUUGUUUACCUCUCUGCUCUCUCAGAUAUUGCUACAAGUAUGCUUUUGAAGGGAGGCAUUCUUCAACUUCUUGUGGAAAGAUUAGCAACUUCACACAGCCUACAACUUCUCAUCCCGGUUCUACAAAGUGUAGGCAACUUUGUCUCUGUUGAUCCCAAAGCAAUGUUAACCAUCCUUAUCAGUGGACAGAACACUGAAGAAAAUGUCAUUGGUGUGCUUGCAAAAUGCUUAAGAAGCGAACAUCGAGUCUUAAAGAAGGAAGCUGCGUGGGUAUUGUCUAAUAUAGCUGCGGGAUCUAUUGAACACAAGAGAAUGAUACACUCUACUGAAGCAAUGCCAUUGCUGCUACGGCUUCUUUCGACAUCCCCCUUUGAUAUAAGGAAAGAAGUCGCCUAUGUCCUGGGAAACCUAUCUCCUGAUAUAGAAGCUGCUAGGCUUGGUCUUCAAUUCAUUGAGCUGGUAUUAAGAGGAAUGCCAAACGGAGAAGGUCCAAAGCUGGUGGAAGGAGAAGACGGCAUAGAUGCAAUGGAGAGGUUCCAGUUCCAUGAAAACGAAGAGCUGAGAGUCAUGGCAAACAGUCUUGUGGAUAAAUACUUUGGUGAAGAUUAUGGAAUCGCUGAAUGA